CCUCCUUGGAUUAGAGAUCUUACUACGGCGUCGUUCUAAGAGUUUCCGGCGGCAUCAGUUUCUUCUUCGAUCACCUGCUUCGUUGCUUUCCCUUUCGCUCUUUCAUGGUUGAAGAAUGAGAUCUCACCAAGGUGGCCGCAAACUGACGUUUCUUCAACUCCUAUGCGCCGUCGUAGUUUUCUCCGUUCUCCUCUUCACCAUCCAAUCCUCCUUCUUCGCAGAGAAUAAUCAUAAACUAGAUCUACUUCAGCCGGAAGAUAUCCAGGUCUUGUCAGAUUUUCAAUCCAGCGUUCAACAGUGCGUGGGGAACAGAGGGCUUGGACUCUCUGCCCAUAUCAUUGAUCACUGCAAUUUGAUCCUCAAGUUCCCUCAAGGCACUAACAGCACUUGGUACAAUACACAGUUUAAAAUUUUUGAACCGCUGGAGUUCAAGUAUAAUGUUUGUGAGGCACUUCUCCUAUGGGAGCAGUACCGCAAUAUGACUACUGUAUUGACAAGAGAAUACCUCGAUGUACGCCCUGAUGGAUGGAUGGACUACGCAGCUAUGAGAAUUGCUCAGCUGGGAGCUGAUAAGUGUUACAAUCGUACAUUGUGUGAGGAGCAUCUUAAUGUGAUCCUUCCAGCGAAGCCUCCUUUCCACCCGCGACAGUUUCAUAAAUGCGCUGUCGUUGGAAAUUCCGGAGAUUUGUUAAAAACAGAGUUCGGAGAAGAGAUUGACAGUCAUGAUGCUGUGUUCCGAGACAACGAAGCUCCUGUCAAUAAGAAGUAUGCCAAAUACGUAGGAGUGAAAAGAGAUUUCCGGCUAGUUGUUCGUGGUGCGGCUCGUAACAUGGUUAAGAUUCUCAAUGGGUCUGACAAUGAGGUGCUCAUAAUCAAAAGUGUGACCCACCGAGACUUCAACGAGAUGAUAAAGAGUAUACCAAACCCUGUUUAUCUUUUCCAAGGAAUUGUCCUACGCAGAGGUGCCAAAGGAACCGGGAUGAAAUCCAUUGAACUAGCAUUGUCCAUGUGCGAUAUCGUGGACAUAUAUGGUUUCACCGUAGAUCCUGGAUACACAGAGACGCGUUACUUUUCCACGCCAAGGAAAGGGCAUAACCCACUCCAAGGAAGGGCAUACUACCAACUUCUAGAGUGUCUUGGUGUAAUCCGGAUCCAUUCUCCCAUGAGGUCGCAGAGGAAGGAAGAGUGGUCGAGCGUGCCAAGCCGUGAAAUGAUAAGCCGAGCUCACGCAGCCGCCUUACGCCUACAGAGGAGCCAACAGCCGACUAGUUCGAAGAAUGGGUUAGGACAGUUCGGUAAUUGCAAGGUGUGGGGCGACGCAGACCCUACAAAAGGGACCGUCUCGGGAUCCCCGGACAUGAGUGAGAUAAGGAAGAAGUCAGAUUACAAGAAAUGGGAAGUGAUGCCGUUCGGGAGCUUAAGAAAAGAAGCUAGGGAUCACUAUACGCAAAUGCAAGGCGUGUCACAGUACAAGAUGGAUGGAAAUAAACUGGACGAUCUUGUUUGCGUGAGGCAUCAUCCGCUAGAAUCAGAGACGUAACCUUGAGCUGUAGAGGUACAUUUUUCAGUACCAUCUUGAGCUUGACAAAGUAAAUGUUCUUUCAUUUCAUGUAACAUAGAAUGUAAUGUUUUUUUGUUGAAGCAGUGCUGAAUAUCAAUUAGUUCUCCACGCAGCUUUGCUUUUCUUUAAUUUUUUUGGUGAUGUCAUCUCUGUUACAAUGUAUGUCGUACUACGAAACGAACAAGAGAUAGGUUUUCAAAUUCUUGAGAUCCAAGACCUAUGGUUGAUAAGUUUCCUGUAUGUUUUAUAAUUUAUGCAACUUCCAGUAAUA